AUGGGUCGGCGCCCUGCUCGUUGUUACCGCUAUUGCAAGAAUAAGCCAUACCCCAAGUCGCGCUACUGUCGAGGUGUGCCGGACCCUAAGAUCCGCAUCUUCGACUUGGGGCGAAAGAAGGCCGCUACGGACGAGUUGCCCUUUUGUGUGAACCUGGUCUCCGACGAGCGGGAGCAGCUGUCAAGUGAAGCACUCGAAGCAGCCCGAGUUGCUGCCAACAAGUACUUGACUGCGACUGCUGGGAAAGAUGGAUUUCACCUACGGGUGCGUGUUCACCCGUUCCACGUGAUCCGCAUCAACAAAAUGUUGUCCUGUGCAGGCGCUGAUCGCCUGCAAACCGGUAUGCGGGGCGCUUUUGGGAAGCCUCAAGGCACCGUCGCUCGAGUCGAUAUCGGACAGAUUCUCAUGAGCGUGCGCGUGAAAGAGCAACACGUAGAGGCAGCGAAGGAAGCACUCAGACGCAGCAAGUACAAGUUCCCUGGACGCCAGCGUAUUUACGUGUCGCGAUACUGGGGCUUUACGCGCUUCACACGUGAAGAGUACGAAAAGCUACGAGCGGAAGGAAAGCUGAUUGAGGAUGGCGGUAACGUGAAGUUGAUCCGCCCGCAUGGCCCGCUGCCGACGCCGCCCGUUACCGCGCAGUGA